UAAAGGAAAAUGCUAAAAUGCUUUAAAUGCUAAACUUUCUAACAUACUGCAGCAAGAGUUUAACAGGAAACACAAUUUUGGGUAGGAAGGCAUUUAACAGUGGAAGAUCAGAUGUGAAUCAAAAAGAAAAUGGAGAAGUUGCAGGAAGGAAGCUCACUGUGGUUUGUACACCAGGUUUUAAGAAAGAUUACCUAAUUGGAAAAAAGACUUGAGGAUGCUAAACUCAACAUCUUGAGAAGUGUAACUGAAAGCUCCUCUGGAACGCAUGCUUUCAUUUUAGUCCACAGUGUUGAAUCUUUCUUUGCAGAUGAAGAGAAGAGCACACUACAGAAAAUCAUGGAACCUCUUGGUGAAAGAGUCUGGAAUCACAUGUUGGUUCUGUUCACUGUUGGAGCUGAACUAGGAGAAACUCCCAUAGAGUUAUUCAUUGCAAGUGAAGGUGACGCUCUCCAGUGGCUCACUGAGAAGUGUGGGAACAGGUAUCAUGUUCUCAACAAUAAGAACUGUGGUGAUGGAUCUCAAGUCACAGAACUCCUGGAGAAGAUUGAGGAGAUGGUGGCAGAAAACAGAGGACAACCUUAUAAAAUAGACAGAGAGACUUUACAACAUGUGGAAGAGAAGAGGAGAGCAGAGAAAAGAAGGAUGAAGGAUCAGCAACUGGAAAAAAAGAGACUCUAGAGAGGGUUGAAAGAACAGAUCCUGUUCCCGCUAA